UGAAUACAGCCUUAUACUGUUAAGACAAGCUUUACUGUGCGCGCGUUGGAAACUUGUUUAGCCAGCCAGUCUCAAUUUUAGCCUGUGGAGAUUGAGAGGGUUACCCGGAGCACAGUCGGCGAAACUUAGUAAAAAGGAGAGAAAUUCUCCCCCCAGGUCCCUAAAGUGACGCUGAUUUGGCUCCAAAACGAGCCGGGCUGUCGUGUGUUUGCUUCAAACAAGGAUACGCUGUUGGACAUGUGAAUUUAAAGGAAAUAACUGGCAAGCGCAACAAUGAAACAAGCGACUGUCCUGUAUUGCCUCGACUUUUUCCUGACGUGCCUCUUGUUCGGGUCGAGCUCUUCACAAUCAGUAUGCGCUGGCACAGAGAACAAGCUGAGUACGCUGUCAGACCUGGAGCAGCAGUAUCGCACCCUGCGGAAGUACUACGAGAGUUGUGAAGUCGUAAUGGGCAACCUCGAAAUCACAAGCAUUGACCGCAGUCGAGACCUCUCUUUCCUCAGAUCGAUCCGGGAAGUGACAGGCUAUGUGCUGGUGGCUCUCAACCAGUUUGACUACUUACCACUGGAGAACUUGCGAAUCAUCCGAGGGACUAAGUUGUACGACAACCACUACUCACUUGCAAUCUUCCUCAACUACAGACACGAUGGAAACUUUGGGCUGCGUCAGUUGGGUCUGAAGAACCUCACGGAGCUCCUGAGUGGUGGAGUCUAUGUCGACCAAAACAAGUUCUUAUGUCACGCGGACACCAUUCAUUGGCAGGACAUUGUCAAGAACUCCGGCGUCUAUCCUGUGGUGGUGCCCACCAACAGCAGUGUCACAUGUCAGAAGUGCCAUCGCUCCUGUAAUGGUCGUUGCUGGGGGCCCAAAGAGGAUCAGUGUCAAAGCUUAACUAAGACGGUGUGUGCUGAGCAGUGUGAUGGCCGCUGUUUUGGUCCCUAUGUGAGUGACUGCUGCCACCGUGAGUGUGCAGGUGGCUGCUUUGGUCCAAAGGACACUGACUGCUUUGCAUGUACAAACUUCAACGACAGUGGCGCGUGUGUGACGCAGUGUCCCCAGCCUUUUGCGUACAACCCCACCACAUUCCAGGUGCAACACAACCCUAAGGCAAAAUACACUUACGGAGCCUUCUGUGUAAAGAAGUGUCCACAUAACUUUGUGGUGGACCAGAGCUCCUGUGUGAGAGCGUGUCCUAGUAACAAGAUGGAGGUGGAGGAGAACCGCAUCAAGAUGUGCAUUCCUUGUACUGACAUCUGCCCAAAAGCAUGUGAUGGCAUUGGAACUGCCAGUCUACAGACUGCUCAAACAGUAGACUCCAGCAACAUCGACAAGUUUGUAAAUUGCACCAAAAUAAAUGGCAAUUUGGUUUUUCUCAUCACUGGAAUUAAAGGGGAUGUCUAUCAUAACAUUGAAGGUUUGGAUCCAGAAAAACUUCAUGUGUUCCGUACUGUUAGGGAAAUUACAGGCUUUCUGAACAUCCAGUCUUGGCCUGACAACAUAACAGACUUGAGUGUUUUCAGCAACUUGGUAACAAUCGGGGGAAGAUCUCUAUACAGUGGAAUCUCCCUGCUGGUGUUAAAGCAGCAUGGCAUUUUAUCACUUCAACUUCAAUCACUCCGCGAGAUCAGUGCGGGGAAUGUGCACAUCGCAGAGAACAGCCAGCUGUGUUACUACAACACAGUCAACUGGACCCGACUGUUCCGUGCUGCCAACCAGAAAGUUUUGACCCGCAACAACAGAAACCCACAGGCGUGCUCCAAGGAGCAUAUGGUCUGUGACCCGUUAUGUUCUGAUUCUGGAUGUUGGGGACCUGGCCCAGACCAAUGUCUCUCGUGCAGGGACUACAGUAGGGGACAAAUUUGUGUGGAAAACUGCAACCUGUAUGAAGGGGAGAUUCGAGAGUUCGCCAACGGUUCUGUGUGUGUUGAGUGCGAUUCCCAAUGUGAACGAGCUGAUGGCAACUCUUUGACCUGUCACGGUCCGGGCCCAGAGCAUUGUGUGAAAUGCAUCCAUUUUAAGGAUGGUCCUAACUGCGUGGAAAAGUGCCCGGACGGGCUGCAAGGUGCAAACAGUUUUAUCUUUAAGUAUGCCGAAAGCAACAAUGAGUGUCAUCCUUGCCAUGCCAACUGCACACAAGGGUGCACUGGACCAAGACUUCAAGACUGUAUUGGGUGGAUGGACAGAACCCCUUUGAUUGCAGCAGGGGUGAUCGGCAGCCUCUUCAUGGUGGUUAUCAUUGUGCUUAGUGUGGCCGUAUCCGUGCGCCGGAACAACAUCAAGAAGAAGAGGGCCCUCCGUCGCUUCCUGGAGACAGAGCUGGUCGAACCCUUGACACCCAGUGGGACAGCACCCAACCAAGCCCAGCUUCGGAUCUUGAAAGAGACAGAACUCAAAAGAGUCAAGAUCCUCGGUUCUGGGGCCUUUGGGACUGUGUACAAGGGGAUUUGGAUUCCAGAGGGUGAAACAGUUAAGAUACCUGUAGCCAUCAAAAUCCUAAAUGAAGCCACAGGGCCCAAGGCAAACGUGGAGUUCAUGGACAGGAUACGAAUUUGUGUCUUUCAGGAGGCACUGAUCAUGGCCAGCAUGGAGCACCCUCACCUGGUGCGUCUGCUGGGUGUCUGCCUGAGUCCUACCAUCCAGCUGGUUACGCAACUGAUGCCUCACGGGUGCCUUCUCGACUACGUCUACGAGCAUAAGGACAACAUCGGAUCCCAGCUGUUGCUCAACUGGUGUGUCCAGAUUGCUAAGGGGAUGAUGUAUCUGGAGGAGCGUAGGCUGGUCCACAGGGAUCUGGCAGCCCGAAACGUCCUGGUGAAAUCUCCCAACCAUAUCAAGAUCACAGACUUUGGCUUAGCUCGCUUACUGGACGUUAAUGAGAAGGAAUAUAAUGCGGAUGGAGGAAAGAUGCCCAUUAAAUGGAUGGCCCUGGAGUGUAUUCAUUACAGGAAGUUUACUCACCAGAGUGAUGUUUGGAGUUACGGGGUAACAAUUUGGGAGCUAAUGACCUUUGGAGGGAAACCGUAUGAUGGAAUUUCAACCAGAGACAUUCCAGACCUACUGGAGAAAGGGGAGCGUCUCCCACAGCCCCCCAUCUGCACCAUUGAUGUCUACAUGGUUUUAGUCAAAUGCUGGAUGAUCGACGCAGACAGCAGACCCAAGUUCAGAGAGUUGGCAGCAGAGUUCACCAGGAUGGCCCGUGAUCCGCAGAGAUACCUUGUUAUUCAAGGGGAUGACUGCAUGAAACUGCCCAGUCCAAACGAUAGCAAGUUCUUCCAUAGUCUCCUGGAUGAAGAGGAGCUGGAAGACCUGAUGGAUGCUGAGGAAUAUGUUGUGCCCCAUUCCCUCAGUAUCCCACCUCUGACGUACACUUCACAAACACGCACAGACCCCAGCAAGUUUUGCUACCAGGAUCCUAAUUUUAGCAGGCAGGACACGAUGGCCACCCUCCCGAGAGUAGUCUCUCUUCCCCCUGUGAGUGGCGCCUGUCUGGUUUCCCAGGACCUGGCCCCCGGGGGGCAUGCUGGUGGUGGAUUUGUCCGUGCCAAACAGGAAGAUCCACGAUGUAAUGGUACUCUAAGGAAGCAGUCCUCCCCGAGAUCAAGCGUCCUUGUGGCUGGCACAGUACAUUCUACAGGACAAGGUGGGCGGGAGGACUGCAGUGGACAACGUUACAGCGCAGACCCAACUGGUCUCCUUGCUGAACGAGGAGCCAAGGGAGAGAAGGGACAGGAUCCAUACACGACUACCAUGAGAGAGAAGAAGAGUUCAGAAUACAUCAACCCUGUUGAGGAAAACCCUUUCAUUACACGUCGCAGAAAUGGAGAAGCCCAUGCAGUGGUUGACGGAGCAGGCUGCCACACUUUGCACAUGGCCGGAGCUGAUGCCGCAGCCGGCACCUCCGGCGCCCACUCCACCUGCAGGAACGAUGAGUAUGUCAACGAGCCGCUUUACCUGAAUACCUUUCUUAACCCCGGCGACAAGAACGGAUUAGCUUCUGCAGUCUCCUUCUCUGUCCCUGGGACUUCUGCUGCCCAAACAGUAUCACAGACAGUCAACAAAUCGACGUCCAGCCACGCAGUCCCUUCCUCGGGAUACGUGCUAGCCCCUGGUCACCUCCCUCACCCAGCGUAUCUUUCACACACCCUGCAUCCGGGGCAUUCGGGACAUGCUCCGCACUCAGGCAUUACAGGCGGCACCAUCAUGUUCGAUAAGAAAGGCAAGACGGCUACUUUUGACAAUCCUGAAUACUGGCAACACAGCCUCCCUCCGAAAACAUCUCUGCACAACCCGGAGUACCUGCAGGACUGCAGCACACGCUUUUUCUACAGGCAGAAUGGACGUAUCCGCCCUGCUGUUGCUGAAAACCAGGAAUACUUGUCUGAGGCUGCUAUGAAAGCCGGCAAUGUGUUACCACCCCCUCCCUACAGACAGAGGAACACUGUGGUGUAGUCGCCCACCUGUAGCACGCAAAAAAAGAGGGGAUAAGUCAUGGUGAAGAAUGAACCUUGAGCAAAUCCUCACAUUACCAAACAGUGUUUCUCGAACUGACUUCUUCCUGUACCUGGUGUGGAAGCCUCUGUGAUUUCAUUCUGGCUCAACGACUCAGCAUGUACCGACAGUGUUCUAGAGCUUUUCUUACCCACUAUAUUUUGUUUUCUUUUUUCAAAAGCAACUUUUCCAUCCCUUACUGUAGUACUUCCUGAGACACAAAAGCAAUCAGUAAUUACGAAUGCAGAUUAAUGAUGAUAGGGGGGAAAAGGCCCAAAAAUAGUGGCUAGCCAAAAGAGAGGAUUAUUAUUUUACUUCUACAUAGCCAUAAACUACCAAUCCCUGUCACCUUUUUUGAAUACUUCCCACAUAGUUGAACUUGCUCAUGACAGCAAUCACACAUUGGCAUUGCUUGUGCAAGCCCGCAGAGUUGUCGUGACUUGCCAGCAAAAAGCGGUGGUCAUGCUAAACAGCCCAGAUGUUGCAAACCCACACACUUCUUUGCCAUGUUGUUGCAACAGUACUGAAAAUCAAAUAUUUAUCACAUGCAGUAUUGUUCUUUACACAUGCCGCCAGCCUUGACACGCCAAUAUAAUCUCCAAACAUGAAUUCAUAACCAAAUGCAUUCACGUGUCAAAUAAACGCUCUGCCACUUGAAAUGUAUUCCGCAAGAAAAGCGCCAUUAACCUUCAGAUGGAAUACGCUGUGUUCUUAUAUAAUGACGCAGGAGCUGUGCACAGAAAGGGUCGAUGUUAAAUAAAUGUCAGUGCAAUUUUGUGGAAAGUUAGCUUAACGUCUGGUGGAAAGCAUUUUACGGAUUACUGGCAUGACUUUAAAUGUAAAUGCUUUAAAGUUAACCUUAUCUAAGGUAUUGUUACCUUUCUUCUUCUCAUGCCAUUCAGAUCAAUCCCGCCUGAGCAACCAAUCAUUCAGCAUAGUUAACACAUUUAACAGAUGCUUCCUUUGGCUACAAUAGAAACUUUCUUAAUGAUUUACUGUAAAUCCUUCAAGUGAUCCAAUUUUGUUCUUCUUCAGAUAUGCCACAAUAUCCUCAAAUCAAAAUCAGGCCUUAAUCAUACUUGGAUAAAAAGUAGAUAUGAAUGAGAUACAGUAGCUGGACAUCAUCAAAACAAUAGCGCGAGUUUCAGAAAGUGGUAUCUGGGAAUGGUCUCCUGUACAAGCAUCCUCUGGCAGAUGCAAAACAUGAGUACAGGUUUUGUAGUCUGAAUACCAAAUAGCGCCACUUUUCCAUUUGUUUGUUCUUUUACCGUUCUUUAACCAUAGAAAAACACAAAUGAUGUACAGUAUUGCACUGAACUGGUCCUACACUUAACAAGGGGCAAAGUACGCAUCAGCUCUGAAGAUAGAAAAGAAUAAUCUGUAAAUUAAGUCAAAUAUGUCUUCAUGUGAAAUUAUUUUUAUUCAGUUAAUUACUGAACCUAAAAACUGACCAUUUGUUUAUGACUUAACUGCAAUUGAUUGUGCGGCAGUUAGUGCUACUCCAUCAAGAGAUGGCAGUGAAAGUGAAGGGAUAAUUUUAUAUUACCAUAUUAGGAUGAUUAUAACAUUUGUAGGGAAGGAUGUUGCUGUGUUCACUUACACAUUUGUCUUUCCGGAUUUUAACCUUGAUUGCUUGUUAUAUCCUUUAUCCCACUGCUUGGUUGAUGUAUUGAAUAUUGAAGAAAAAUAUUAACUCAAAUAGGUUUAAGUUCUUACACUCAAUGGAGAAAAGUCUUGAAUGCAACUUUUAAGUAUUUGCUCAAUCACUGUCUGAGUUCGAUUCUGUAGUUCCACAUUCAAUUAACAAAUCGUGUGCUUUGUUUUAGGAAAGACCCUUUUUGUACCCAGUAUGACUGCGUCCCAUUGUAGACAGAUCAAGAUCUAUAAAGGCACGCCGUGAUGUGUUUGGUGUGAGAGUCAGUCCCUUUCUCAGGUCUAAUCAGUCAACUCUGACCUGGAAAAGAUCCUUCUGGAUGAACACGAAUUCCCACAGACACACUUCAAAAAGUUCUGUUCUCUCUUUUUUUUUUUUCUCCUCUCCCCGGAAGCUGUUCUAGCUCCAAAGAGACUAAGUCCAUAUGUGAGGUGUCCCAAUUAUUAUGUUCAUAUAGUGUACUUAUGUUAAUCAUGUAAUGUGUGAAAUGUAAUGUGCUUUGUCAAAAAUCAGUUAUAUAAGUCACUUUUUGCCACCAGCCAAAUAGGGUUAUUGGCACUCGUGUGUGUAUAAGUGCAUAAGUGACAGUACUUGAGAGUCAGCAUAAGGCUUCAUAAUGGAUGUCAAUGGAAAGAAAAGCCAAUCCUAUGGAAGAGAAAACCAGUGGGGGCUCUCUUGCAGGAAAGGGGCUUUUAGCUUUUUGAAUGUUACAAGGGAAAGUGGUCCCUUGUUGUUCUGAGGGGGAAAUUGUAUUCCCCAACAUCUCUCCCAUUGCACCCACUCAGAAUCCUUAGAUGACAGGCAAAUAGGUUGUAAUCUCACAGCCAGUAUGAGACUAACGUAUGAGCAUUCCAGAAAUGUUACCUCACCAAUCGUCAAUGUCAAUGUUUUGUGAAAUCUAGGCAGUAAGAUGGUGCAACAACUGCGAAUGUUGACCACAAGUGUCAUUCUUCUUCUCCUGUCUUUACCUUUCAGGUGAAGAAAUCCAUGUAGCAACUACUGCAGCUGGUGAAGUAAAAACAGAGACUAUAUUGAAUACAAAAAAGAAAAAAACAUUUGAAAGUCGUACAAUUCGGGAAGCCUACCUAAAUUUUGGAUCAGGGAAUAUGCUUAGAAAGCCACACCAAAAAGGUUGAACCGUCACAACAGGAAAGGCUUCUGCUAGCAAGAGCUCAUUAAAAUUUUUCUUGAAACAUGCAUGUACAUUAAAUAAAAGUUUUAUAAUGGAGACAGUUUGACACUGGAACAAGCUGAUUCAAUUUCCAGCAUUAUUUUCUCUGGGAUCAGCACCCCAAAAUGGAUUGUGUUCCCCUUAAAAGUUUCCACUGUAGUCCAGAAGAGGCGUUUUAUUAAGAAUACUGGUGUUUAAUGUGAAGGUUGGUUUAGUCACAUCAGUAUUUUACAGCAGAAGACCGCCCUUUUAGCUCUGCUUCCGCUUUAUGGUCAUUUUUAUUGUAUGCACCUACGCUGUACUUUCAUUGUGAGGAAGUAUAAUAUGUAUGGAUGCCCAGAGGGGAGUGAAAUGUUUGUUAGCAUGCAAUGAAAAUGAUCAUCGUAAUAUUUACAUUUUAUAUUUGUAUUAAACUAGUAAAUGGUGAAGAAACAUUUUUUCCCAUAAAUUCAUAUUUAACUCGUUUUCAGACGUGUCAAGGCUUGAGGGCUCCAUACCCGUAAGCAUUAUAAAUGAUACUGUAUGUCUUCACGAAGACAAUGUGCAAACACUAUUUUUUUUCAUUAUUAUCUUCUACAAGUUUCUCUAAUGACUUAUUGCUCCUGGGUCCUGAUACAGCGUCUCGGUCAUUUGAAGGUUUUUAGCCUGAUAAAAUGUAGAGAUCAGACAAGGUGAUUUUGCAGUGACCACAAUAUAUUGGUAUUGGACUGACUGGUAAAACAUAACCUGACAAAAAAAAACAUAACCUCAUCUCUUUGUAACUCCUGACUGACAUGAUGGAUUCUUUUUUAUUAUUAUGUUCUGGAAAGGGUGUGAUUGUCAUUUAAAGACUGAAUAGACGUUGAGUUGAUUAUACAGCAUGUUAGUCAUGUCUGUAUGCUUUCUUUCUAAGAAAGGUACAAUUAACCACUCAUGGAUAUAUAUGGGGACCCUUGAAAUGGAAUAAUUAUUUCGGUCGUACUAACUCAUCCUACCAAUGAAUGAGGACUUUGGAUGGUUUAUCUCCUUGAAGUGGGACUUUGUCUAUUUCUAAUUUCUAUGGUUUCGUUUUUCGUAUCAGGAGGACAGUCAUUUCUUUCCAAACAAAGACAUGUAUAUGGUCUAAAUGGAAGAACUGGAAAAGCAAAUACUACUUCUGUGGGAACGUUACCCGAAAUCACUCAUCUAGGAAUUGUUGUUGUCAGUGCACCAUAAGACUUUUAAAAAACAAUUAUAAUAAUAACUUUUUUUUCCUUUUUUGUUUAUUUUUAACCAGAACACGCUGUGUGUAUGUAAGAUAAUGUAUCCAAAGUGUGUGCCUGCCACACAUGAUUUAUAAAGUGUGCAUUGAUACAAUGCCAUCGCAAAAGGGACAUUUGACCAAGGACAGUUUUACAAUGUAAUUAUUGUGCUAUUGAAAAAUUCAUCAAUAUUUUUGUUAUAACCUAAUCAGAAAUGUGUCGAUCAGCAUUUUAAUGGUUAAAUUAAAAAUACAGUAGUAGUAUUUUUCAUAGGUGGCAGCUGUAAAUAUGGCAACAAUGUUCCUUUUUGAAGUUGAAGAGUCUUUGUUCCUCUUCGCAUUGCAUUUGAGUGACUAUCUGUAUUCUUUGCAGGGCCUCAUUUCUGUAAAUAGCUAUACAGUAUACAUGCAUAUACAGUAUAUAUAUUACGUAAGUGUAAUUUGACAACUUUUGAAAAUGCUUGCAGGGUCUGUUGUUAGCCCGUCAUCCCCCUGUGAUUGUGGGAUUGUACUUUCAGCACAACUUGGUGAACUGUGACCUCUGCUCUUGCUCACUUUGUUGCAGUUUUUAUAUGAUUAUUGUGUGUACGGUAUACUCACAUAUACUCCAUAUUUCACUCAAUGGUAUUCAUCUCUCAGAUAUUUUGUACUCUUUUAAGAUGCCCUUGCAAUAUUAACAGAUAUUCAAUAUUCAGUAUGA